CUCCUCGGCCCCGUCCUUCCCCCGCCGCCGCCGCCGCCGCGGGAGCCGGCGCCCGGGCGCGGUGAGCGAGCCGGGGGCUCGGGCACCCGCCCCCUGCCCGGGCGCUGCCUCUCGGCGGGGCAGUCGUCAGGCGCUGAUUGAUUACGAGGUAUUGAUUUGUAAGUGCUUCUCCCAGCGCCGGCGGCGGCCGCUCCCGCUGGUGCCGCCGCCGCCGGAGUCAGGACAACGCUGCCCGUAGCGGUGCCGAGCUCCAGCCCAACAUGUCGGCUCCCGCCGGGCCCCGGGGCGGCCCCGCUCCGCCUCAGCCGCCGCCGCCGCCGGCUUCUCAGCCCGAGAUGCCCGAUCUCAGCCACCUCACGGAGGAGGAGCGGAAGAUCAUUCUGGCCGUCAUGGACCGCCAGAAAAAGGAGGAGGAGAAGGAGCAAUCCGUGCUCAAGGUCAAAGAAGAACAAAAACCACAGCCGACACAGUGGUUUCCCUUUAGUGGGAUUACUGAACUGGUAAAUAACGUUCUUCAACCACAGCAAAAACAACAAAAUGAAAAGGAGCCCCAGACAAAAUUACAUCAGCAGUUUGAAAUGUAUAAGGAGCAAGUGAAGAAGAUGGGCGAAGAAUCACAGCAGCAGCAGGAGCAGAAGGGUGAUGCCCCAACCUGUGGCAUCUGCCACAAAACAAAAUUUGCCGAUGGCUGUGGCCAUAACUGUUCAUAUUGCCAAACUAAAUUCUGUGCACGCUGUGGAGGAAGAGUAUCUUUACGGUCAAACAAGGUAAUGUGGGUAUGUAACUUGUGCCGAAAACAACAAGAAAUCCUCACAAAAUCAGGAGCCUGGUUCUAUAACAGUGGAUCAAAUGCACCACAGCAGCGUGAUCAAGAAGGUGUUAGAGGUCUACGGAACGAGGAAGCACCUCAAGAGAAAAAAGCAAAGCUCCAGGAGCAUUUGCAGUACCAAGGACCAUCAGGUGACACAUCCACACAAGCUUUGGACAAAAACAGAUCUCAAGGGCUCACAAGACAGGACUCAGUUAAAAAUAGUUCAAGUGUAAAGCAGCAAGUAACGAGUGACACAUCAGACAGGAAAAGAAGCCCAUCAAUAUCAAGAGAUCAGAAUAGAAGAUACGACCAAAGGGAAGAAAGAGACGAAUAUUCACAGUAUGCUACAUCAGACAGUGCAAUGCCCAGGUCACCAUCAGAUUAUUCAGAUAGGCGGUCGCAGCGUGGGCCUCAGUUAUAUGAAGAACCUGAACUGGGUGAUUAUAGAGAUUCCAACAGGAGGAGUCGCAGGCGUUCCAAGGAGUAUCCGGUAGAGGAGGAGGAUGUACAGAACAGGGAAGAAUAUGAAAGGCAGCGGAGGGAGGAGGAAUACCAGGCACGAUACCGAAGUGAUCCUAAUCUGGCUCGUUAUCCAGUUAAGCCACAACCAUAUGAGGAACAAAUGCGUAUCCAUGCUGAAGUAUCCCGAGCACGUCAUGAACGGAGACAUAGUGAUGUCUCAUUGGCAAAUACUGAGAUUGAAGAUUCCCGGAUAUCUAUGCUGAGGAUGGAACGACCAUCAAGACAAAGAUCUGUGUCUGAGCGCAGAGCUGCCAUGGAAAAUCAGCGUUCAUACUCUAUGGAAAGAACUCGAGAGGCUCAGGGACCAAGUCCCAAUCGUCAGAGGACCACAAAUCAUAGCCCUCCUACACCUAGGAGGAGUCCAGUUCCUCUGGAAAGACCAGACAUGAGGCGCUCUGAUUCAUUAAGGAAACAACACCAUUUGGAUCCGAAUUCUGCUGUGCGGAAAACAAAACGUGAGAAGAUGGAAACUAUGUUACGGAAUGAUUCACUCAGCUCAGACCAGUCUGAAUCUGUCAGACCUCCACCACCAAAGCCCCAUAAAACAAAAAAGGGAGGUAAAAUGCGCCAGGUUUCAUUAAGUAGCUCAGAAGAAGAACUGGCCUCUACUCCAGAAUAUACGAGUUGUGAUGAUGUAGAGAUUGAAAGUGAAAGUGUUAGUGAAAAAGGGGACAGUCAAAGGGGAAAAAGAAAAACUAGUGAGCAGGCAGUUUUGUCGGAUCCUAACACCUUAUCUGAGAGACAAAAGAAAAUGGUGUGCUUUGGUGGCCACUCUUUGGAAGAGGACUUGGAAUGGGCUGAGCCUCAGAUUAAAGACUCUGGGGUAGAUACGUGUAGUAGCACCACUCUAAACGAGGAGCAUAGCCAUAGCGAGAAGCAUCCAGUAACCUGGCAACCAUCCAAAGAUGGAGACCGUCUCAUUGGUCGGAUUUUGUUAAAUAAACGACUAAAAGAUGGAAGUGUGCCUAGAGACUCAGGAGCAAUGCUUGGAUUGAAGGUAGUAGGAGGAAAGAUGACUGAAUCAGGUCGACUCUGUGCAUUUAUCACCAAAGUUAAAAAAGGAAGCUUAGCUGAUACAGUGGGGCAUCUUAGACCAGGUGAUGAAGUAUUAGAAUGGAAUGGACGACUACUACAAGGAGCCACCUUUGAGGAAGUGUAUAACAUCAUUUUAGAAUCCAAACCUGAGCCACAGGUGGAGCUUGUAGUUUCAAGGCCAAUUGGGGAUAUUCCCAGAAUACCUGACAGCACACAUGCACAGCUGGAGUCCAGUUCUAGUUCAUUUGAAUCUCAAAAAAUGGACCGACCUUCUAUUUCAGUGACUUCUCCUAUGAGUCCUGGCAUGUUAAGGGAUGUUCCACAGUUCUUGUCUGGACAACUUUCAAGCCAAAGCCUUAGUAGAAGAACAACGCCUUUUGUUCCUAGGGUUCAGAUAAAACUGUGGUAUGACAAGGUUGGUCAUCAGUUAAUAGUCACAAUAUUGGGAGCAAAGGAUCUUCCUUCAAGGGAAGAUGGGAGGCCAAGGAAUCCUUAUGUUAAAAUUUACUUUCUUCCAGACAGAAGUGAUAAAAAUAAAAGAAGAACAAAAACGGUAAAGAAAACAUUGGAACCUAAGUGGAACCAAACGUUCAUUUAUUCUCCAGUUCACCGGAGAGAAUUUAGAGAACGAAUGUUAGAAAUUACUCUUUGGGACCAAGCACGAGUUCGAGAGGAAGAAAGCGAAUUUUUAGGAGAGAUUCUUAUUGAGUUAGAGACAGCAUUACUAGAUGAUGAACCUCACUGGUACAAACUUCAAACUCAUGAUGUCUCUUCAUUGCCACUUCCCCACCCCUCACCAUAUUUACCACGCAGACAACUCCAUGGUGAGAGUCCCACACGGAGGUUACAAAAUAAAGGCUUAUAUUCAUAUAAUUCAGGGUCCAAAAGAAUCAGUGACAGUGAAGUCUCUGACUAUGACUGUGAUGAUGGAAUUGGUGUUGUUUCAGAUUAUCGACAUAAUGGGAGAGACCUUCAAAGUUCAACGCUAUCAGUGCCAGAACAAGUUAUGUCAUCUAAUCAUUGCUCUCGAUCAGGAUCCCCUCACCGUGGAGAUAGUAUAGGACGGACUAGAUCGUGGUCUCCCAGUGUCCCUCCCCCACAGAGUCGGAAUGUGGAUCAGGGACUACGAGGGACUCGAUCUACCCCUGCACAUUACAAUACCCUGAACCGAAUGGAUAGACACCGUGUAAUAGAUGACCACUACUCCCCAGACAGAGAGAGUCAUUAUGUUACUCUGCCUCGUUCCCGGUACACUCAGUCCACAGAUCACCAUCACAGAGAUGCCAGCAAGGAUCACACAAUGUAUCCUCUAUUUUGUGAAGAUGCAAUCAGAUUACUUCGCUCCCGUAAGAUGUGCCGUACCUAUUCUGAGGGUGCUUACUAUGACCUUGAGAGGAGGACUAGGCAGGAGAGAAGAGUGCCUAAUACAUAUUAUGAUGACACAACCUAUACUCCUGAAAGGUGGUACAAUGGUGCAAGUUCAUGGGCAGAUCAUGUAGUCAAUGGUUCAGCUGAAAAUUAUGGGAAUUGUGAAGCAGCAGAUAGACAGCCAUAUCAAAGAUCCAGAUCAACAGAGCAACGUGCUGUGCUAGAGCGGAUCAACUCCCGCUCCCGAUCCACAGAGCGUCCUGACUCAAACCUCAUCAGGUCGAUGCCUUCAUUAAUGACGGGAAGAUCUGCCCCUCCUUCACCUGCCUUACCGAGGUCACAUCCUCGGACCGGAUCUGUUCAAACAAGUCCAUCAAGUACUCCAGUAGUAGGGCGAAGGGGGAGGCAGUUACCACAGCUCCCACCAAAAGGGACGCUGGAGAGAAACAAUGGAGACAAGGAGAUAGAACCUUACGAAGAAGAAGCGGAAUCACCGAGGAGAAGAAACUCAGGUGCUACGGAUGUAGAAGAGAGGAAUCGCCAAAUGAAAGUGAGCAAGUACAAACAGGUAGCAGGAUCAGAUUCCAGGCUGGAGCAAGAUUAUCAUUCUAAGUACCGGUCAGGACGGGAUCCUCAGCAUGGCUCAGACAAUGUUUCCAAUAAGUCUUCAGACAGCGAUGUCAGCGAUGUCUCAGCUGUGUCAAGGACAAGCAGUGCUUCGCGUUUCAGCAGCACGAGCUACAUGUCUGUCCAAUCUGAGCGACCAAGAGGAAACAAGAAAAUAAGUGUCUUUACAUCCAAAAUGCAAAGCAGACAGAUGGGCGCCUCAGGAAAGAACAUGACCAAGAGCACCAGCAUCAGCGGGGACAUGUACACACUCGACAAGAACGAUGGCAGCCAGUCGGACACGGCGGUGGGCACUGUUGGUGGUGGCAGCAAAAAGAGACGCUCCAGCAUUGGUGCCAAGAUGGUCGCCAUUGUGGGCCUGUCGCGAAAAAGCCGCAGCACAUCACAACUCAGCCAGACUGAAGCGGGUGGUAAGAAGCUGCGGAGCACUGUCCAGAGGAGCACUGAGACCGGGCUGGCUGUGGAGAUGAGGAACUGGAUGACACGUCAGGCCAGCCGGGAAUCUACAGACGGCAGCAUGAACAGCUACAGCUCUGAGGGAAAUUUGAUUUUCCCUGGCGUGAGGUUGGCCGCAGACAGCCAGUUCAGUGAUUUUCUGGAUGGACUUGGUCCUGCCCAGCUUGUAGGGCGACAGACUUUGGCAACACCAUCCAUGGGAGAUAUCCAGGUGGGAAUGAUGGACAAGAAAGGACAGUUGGAAGUAGAAAUAAUCCGAGCCCGUGGCCUUGUUGUAAAACCAGGUUCAAAGACACUGCCAGCACCAUACGUAAAGGUGUAUCUCUUAGAAAAUGGAGUCUGCAUAGCCAAAAAGAAAACAAAGGUAGCAAGAAAAACGCUGGAACCGCUUUAUCAGCAACUUCUAUCAUUUGAAGAAAGUCCCCAAGGAAAAGUUUUACAGAUAAUUGUUUGGGGAGACUAUGGACGUAUGGAUCACAAAUCCUUUAUGGGAGUGGCACAGAUACUUUUGGAUGAACUGGACCUGUCCAACAUGGUGAUUGGGUGGUUCAAACUUUUCCCUCCUUCUUCCCUAGUAGACCCAACUUUAGCUCCUCUCACUAGAAGAGCCUCCCAGUCAUCUCUGGAAAGUUCAACGGGACCUUCGUAUGCUCGCUCAUAGCAGCUGUGAAACUGUUGUCAUAGCAACCAGCGUUACAAAAAAAAAAAUUACAGGUCGCAAACCCUGGUAACACUGCAUGCUUAAUGUUGUGUCUUCUGAGCCUGUUUCUAGGGCUACAAAGCGAUCCUGUGUUCUCAAGGAAGUUGCACACAUUGUGCCCUAUGGAAGGCCCUCAGGUGAAGGACUGACGUAACAAACUGACAGGUUUGGAGUUCAGGGACACUCAGUUUCGGUCCAAUCUGAAGCCAUGGACUAAACUAAAAGAAUCAAUCUGUUUCAUGCAACAAAAGUCCUUUACAGUGGCAUAUCUAUUUUGUUGCUCCUGUUUCUUUAUUUAUCUGCCCUCCCCCUUCCUGAAGCUUGGUUAUGCCACAGAAAUGGAGUUUCCCUCCCGUGAAGCCAUGUCACAAGUCAGUGGAUUUGCAGACGUUGGAAGAGCAGUGGAAGAAUAUAAGAACGCUGGAAAAGAAAAGUCAAGUGUCAUUUGAAACAGUUACUAGAGAUCCGAAAACUCUCCAUACUGGAAAGGUUCAAGAGUUAAAAGUGGCAGGCUUCCUAGCUCCAGCUCUAGUUACAGUGAAACCCCAGAUGUGAUGGACUCUCUGAAAAAUAAAAUUCUGUGGAUAUACUGUACUGUAUGAAAUUAAAGAAACUUUUUUGCAUGGACACAGAUUUAGCUGAACACUUAAAUUAUUUUCUUGGGGCUGCAACUUGCAAAAAAAAAAAAAGAAUAAAUCAGCCAUUUUCAACAAUUUAUAUUAUUUUUAAAAAUAAAUUUCACUAGUGCAUGGUUUUAAAGGGAAGAGAAUGCAACAGGGUGAUACAAAGACACACCACGUUUAUCAUUCUUUAAACCAGUCAUGGUCUGUAUUUUUGCAGACGUAUAUUAAAAAUAAUUUCUAGCAAAUACUUAAAAUUCUGUUUAUGUGACAAGAAAUAAGUGUAAUAUAUUCAAUUUAUUUAAAUGUAAAAGGUACAAGCCUUGUAAAGUUCAACAUAAUGUGCAAAUUGUACACUUCUUUUACCUCCUUCUUUCUCUCUCUCCUCCAAUCUCCUUUCUUCCUUUUGCUCUUUUCCUCCCUUCCUCCCAGGAUGAUCAUCAUAUUCUGAAAUGGCUACCUUUUGACUUACUACUCUCUUAUGCCCCAUAUUUGGUUCAGGGUUGCAGAUUGUUCUGCAUUUCUGAAUUAUUUGAGAAAAAUAUUGUUUAAGAACUUACUUUUUUUCAAGCAUGUUGAAAAGGAUUUUGCAACAUGGCUUGGGAGUACAUUAAUGUAAUUCAGCAUGUAUUUGAUAAAGAAGAUAUUUGAACUUUUUGCAAUUUAUUGUACAGUGCAUGGUAACUUAUUUUCAUUUUUUCUCACCUUCAAAUUGAAUUCUACAGCAAAAUACUGGAAUCAUAUGGCCAUUGUAAGAUGUUGUCAAUAAAUUUGUUUUCAGCACCAGCAUCAUUCAUUCAAGGGUUGAACUAUCAUUUCUUGAAGGUUUUGGAAAGAAGAAAAAUGAAGUAAAUGUUUGAUUUUUUUUUUUUUUUAGGAAAUAAAUUUAAACAAUUUUAUUUGCACUAAACCAAAUAAAUUACUACAUUCUUGGGUUUAUAAAAACAACAAAAGGUUACUAAUUCUUACAGUUCUGCUGUACAGUUCAAUUUUCAUGGACUACAUUUGUGUUGGCAAAGAUACAAUUUGGUAAUAUCAGCCAGAAAAAUGUCAAUCUUUGGUUCAUAAAAUAGCCUUAAAGAAAGUUUGUCAGUACCUCUCUAAGAGUUAUUUGUCACCAUUACCAGAACCCACAGUGCACGCAACAGAGCUUCAAAAACCUGUUUUCUGUAGCAGACAGUAACUACCAUUGGGUGGUGCUGCAAGUUCAAGCUUCUCAUUAAAUUAUAUUAUUUGAAGGGAAUGUAACUGGCUAACAUUUAAUAACAGAAUGUCCCAUUUUUCUGGGUCUUUAUAUGCCUUUAAUACCUACUUAAGGUUUAAUAUUGAAACCUUGCAAUAAUUUUUGAAAUAUAUAUCACAUUUAACUUUAAGGCCACACAGAAUUAUUCCAAUUUUAUGUGAAAAUAUAUUAACGUUUCCCAUUAAAAAAUUGUACAAGCCUCUUAAUAGGGCAAAAGUAAUAAUAGUAUCACUUAAAAUGCCUUUUACUUGUGCAAUAUCAUAUAAACCAAGAUUGUGUCUUGUCUUCAGAGAUUAUAUAAUGAAUGGAUUAUUGUUAAGUUAAUGGACAGACUGGUAAACAUUAUAUUUAUGGAAAUAAUUUAGACACCUGUCUACCAGCAAACAAAUAAAUAAUACCAACAUGCAGUCAGCAGUAUCCCCUGUGAUUAAACAAAAAUACAUAACCAUUUUCCUGGAACUGUGAGCUGCACUCACACAUUCUUGUAUGCAUAGUCCGAUAUAAAUUAUUUCAAAUUUUAAAAUCAAGGACAUGAUGCAUGGAAGGUUUGUACAUACUUGUCAUUAUGCAGUAUUUAUUUUAAAAAAAUUCAUGUAUUUUUUUUAAUUUUCACAUGUCUGCAACUCUACUUAUGGUUUAGUCAUGUAAAUAGCACUAUUCCAGUGAUCACUGCUGUCUUGUACAUAGUACGUUUUAAAAAGUUAAAAGGAAUUACAGUUGGGGGAAAAAAAGGGCAGAUUAGGCCUGUAAUGAACACCAACCAAUGUAAAUCAAAUUCAUUCUGGUGAUGGUAUUUAACACUUUAAAUAAAACAUUUUCUUUACAGAA